UCCCUCUCGCACAGCAUGGCCGCCGCGUUGAUAGCGCUACAGCGCUCAACCACUCUUUUGAGGCGGAGCGUGGGAGCGGGAGCGGGGGCGGUGGUGCGUUGUGGAGUAGGAAGAGAGCAGGCGCCGCUGAAAGGCGUGGUGAUGGAGAGCACGCUGAAGGGUAUAAGAGAGGAGGGGGCUUCAGUUCUGGACCCCAAGUCGACUGUUGGUGGUGGAGUGGAGGAUGUUUAUGGCGAGGAUCGCGCCACUGAGGAGCAGCUCGUCACUCCAUGGACACUCUCCGUUGCCAGUGGCUACACUUUAUUGAGAAAUCCUGUCUACAAUAAAGGGCUUGCCUUUACUGAGAAAGAGAGGGAUGCUCACUACUUGCGUGGCCUUUUGCCACCGGCAAUUGUCUCGCAGGAACUGCAGGAGAAGAAGCUCAUGCACAACCUUCGUCAAUAUGAAGUUCCUUUGCAACGAUAUAUGGCAAUAAUGGAUCUUCAGGUGAGAAAUGAGAGGCUUUUCUACAAGCUUCUUAUUGAUAAUGUUGAAGAGCUACUUCCUAUUGUUUAUACACCUACUGUUGGUGAGGCCUGCCAGAAGUAUGGGUGCAUCUUUAGGCACCCUCAGGGUCUUUAUAUCAGUUUGAAAGAGAAGGGCAAGAUUCUAGAGGUAUUGAAGAACUGGCCCCAGCGGACCAUUCAAGUUAUUGUGGUCACUGAUGGUGAACGUAUUUUGGGGCUUGGAGAUCUUGGAUGUCAGGGAAUGGGGAUUCCAGUCGGCAAGCUUUCUCUAUAUACUGCACUUGGGGGUUUACGCCCAUCUGCUUGCUUGCCAAUCACGAUUGAUGUGGGUACGAACAAUGAAAGUCUACUGAAAGAUGAAUUCUAUAUAGGGCUAAGGCAAAAGCGUGCCACUGGCCAGGAAUACGCUGACUUUCUACAUGAGUUCAUGACUGCUGUUAAACAAAACUAUGGUGAGAAAGUUCUCAUUCAGUUUGAAGACUUUGCAAACCAUAAUGCUUUUGAAUUGCUUGCAAAAUAUGGCACCACUCAUCUUGUCUUUAAUGAUGAUAUUCAGGGGACAGCUUCUGUAGUACUAGCUGGGCUUGUUGCAGCACUAAAUUUGGUUGGUGGAAGCUUAACAGAGCACACUUUCUUGUUCCUUGGUGCUGGCGAGGCUGGCACUGGCAUUGCUGAACUCAUAGCACUUGAGAUGUCAAAAAGGACAAAAACACCAGUGGAAGAGUGUCGGAAAAGGAUAUGGCUUGUGGAUUCUAAGGGACUGAUUGUAAGUUCACGCAAGGAAUCACUUCAACAUUUCAAGAAACCCUGGGCACAUGAACAUGAACCCAUCAAGGACCUCUUGGGUGCUGUAAAGGCCAUCAAGCCAACUGUGCUUAUAGGAUCAUCCGGUGUUGGAAAAACCUUCACAAAGGAAGUUGUCGAAACUAUGGCUUCCUGUAAUGAGAAACCUAUCAUCCUUGCUUUAUCCAAUCCAACAUCACAAUCUGAGUGUACUGCUGAGGAAGCUUACACAUGGACUCAGGGUCGGGCGAUUUUUGCUAGUGGAAGUCCAUUUGAUCCUGUUGAAUUUAAUGGCAAGAUUUUUGUGCCUGGUCAGGCGAACAAUGCCUACAUCUUCCCAGGAUUUGGACUUGGAUUGGUGAUAUCAGGAGCUAUUCGUGUACAUGAUGACAUGCUUCUUGCAGCAUCGGAAGCACUGGCAGCACAGGUCACGCAGGAGAACUUUGAGAAAGGGUUGAUUUAUCCACCCUUCACGAACAUCCGAAAAAUAUCUGCUAACAUUGCUGCUAAUGUGGCAGCUAAAGCAUAUGAGCUCGGAUUGGCUACAAAGCUUCCGCGUCCUGAAAACCUGGUGAAGUAUGCUGAGAGCUGCAUGUACACUCCUGUCUACAGGAGUUAUAGAUAAAGUUGACAGAAGCAUAUCUUCAGUUUAUGCCCCGGGCUCAUUUACUGUACUAGUAAAUGUUAAUAUGCAAUAAGGCUUCUGUAGAGCCAUCACUUGUGCGGUUCUUUCCUGUUGAGGUUUUUUUUCACUUGUUCUGGUUUGUCUCAAGGAUGUUGUCUUUUAUUAAUGGAUCUUACGAAUUGCCAAUUACUUUAGUAUGAGA